AUGCGUAAGCAACUACUAGUAAAACAGAAACUAUCAUACAGAACUCAAGUGUAUUAUACAAAGAUGGAUGAACGACGAGUUGCGGAUUAUUUUGUAGUAGCAGGUUUGCCAGAAAAACCGGAAUUGCUAGACGAUUCAGAUUCUGGACAUCUAAAAGGAUAUAGUACCAAACCACCUAUAACUGAUAUAGGUGUUGUGUUUCCAAGCCUCGGGGAGACUGUGCCUAGUGGUUUUGAGCUGCUCGAGUUGACUCCGACCGGGUUGCCGGCUGACUUAAACCAUGGAUCUAUGCGAUCGCCUGAGUGUUACCUUUGCUUGCGUCGCGGACGCGAUCGGCCUCCAUUAGUUGACAUAGGCGUGAUGUACGAUGGCAAGGAGCGACUCAUGGCUGACGCGGAAAUGGUGCUGGUGUCGGUGGGUGGUCGGCUGGCUAACGUCAACAACUCGACAGCAAAGACUUUCAUCACGUACCGACGCGCGCAUCCGUCGGCGCCGUGCAACGCGCUGGUUGUCGUCGACGUGUGCGUCGUCGUCGCCAGUCGAGGCGAGAUGCCUCCACACGCCUUCUGUAUGAUCAACAAGAACUUGAACAAAGGUCUAAUGGGCAGCGAUGUUUUUCUCUGUUAUAAGAAGUCGAUGAACCGUCCGCCAUCAAUAGCCUAUAAGCCUGAAGUGCUCUUCAGGUACCCAACAGUGGAUAGGCGGAGUCUAGCGUUUCCGACGUCGGUGCCGUUGUUCUGCUUGCCGAUGGGCGCGACGCUAGAACUGUGGCCAAAUGAUGCGGCUGCUCCGAAACCAGUUUUCUCUACCUUCGUGCUUACCGUUGCCGAUGCUACGGAUAAGGUGUACGGUUCUGCGGUGACGUUCUACGAGGAGUUCGAUCAUACCCAGUUGUCCAUCUGGCAGCAGGAACAACUCGGUUGGCGUGAAGGAGUCACACACACCACACAUUCAACACACGCUAUCAAGUGUAUUUGCCUGCUCUCCCGGUGGCCUUUUAGCGAUACCUUCGAGCGCUGGCUGUUGUAUAUAUUAGAAAUGUCAUGGAGUAAAGAGCCGUUAAAUAUUCCAGUAGAGCGGUAUAUAACACAUUUGUUAGAAGAAGUGCCGUUUCCCGAACCACGGAUACUGUUACAGUUGUCGGCGACGAACCCGCACGAGCGCGUGAUAGUGACGCGGCGCGACGAGCAGCCGCUGGUGCGCAGCGGCGCCGGCUUCCGUCAGCUGCUGCUAAACCUCGGCCCCGACAACUGCCUGCUGCUGCUCGCGCUUGCUCUCACCGAGCAGAAGAUCCUCAUACACUCGCUCAGGUGA